AUGGGAACUCCAUCCACCAAUCUCCUCUUCGCUGCAUACUGCAAAGUGCCAACACUACCUUCCUCCGUCCUUGGGGAAUACCGCGACCAACUCGACCAAGGCAGUAAAGUGCCCAGAAAGCGCUGCACCGUUCGCACCACCGUCGACCCUCCAAGUACCUUGCACACGCGCCAUUUUCCAUCUUUUCAUCACCUCGCCUCCAGGUACGAAGUAUUGCCUACCAAUCAGACCACGCCAGAGCCGGAAUUGACCCAUCUCCACCGUCUUACGCACUCUCCACGACUCGACAACACCAUCUGCGGAAUAUCACUUCCACCCUCUCCAUCGAGCGAUAUUGGGAGAGGCUCCCAUCCUGAUGAUCCUGAUGGCUGCAACUGCAGACUGCAAUCUAUCAUCUGCUGUCUGCCCCCGCAAUGCUUGGUCAAACAAGCGAGCUACGCGGUUGCUACGCAGCUCGGCAGUGGCAGCCCAUCAUCCAUGGGCCAUGGAUCAUGGACCGUGGACCAUGGUUGCCGUCCAUCCAGCAUUAAUGUUGUUCGUCAAUACAAUAGAGUUCGUGCGUCUCAACCUGACAACCCGCCCGUCGUCCGAUACGAGCCAGCGAGACAUGACACGGAUAACCCGAUUCUCGACAAGUUGGACCUCUUAAACCCGGCCUCUUACAAACCUCCUGUUAAGCUUCAAUUCGCCUGGUACGGGUCGACCAUUCUUUUCGUGCCGUCGACGUCGCACCGUCCCAGCUCGGGUACGUUUGGCAUCCGGAUCCCUUACAACUUUGGUCCUGCAGCGAGAACCUCAGUCGGCCCAUGCAGCAGUACACCACGCCAGAAACAUCACGAUUGCCGACUCAGCCCCCCCCGACAGCGGGACGACAUCAUCACGGGCGAGCUAAUCGCGCCAGAAGGCCGUCAAAGAGGACCAGUAUGCUCCUUGCCUAACCCGCGCUGUGUUUCCAACAUUGUCCCCGCUGCCCCUGCCUGUCUGCGAACCGAAUACAGUCAAGCGGAAGCCAAAUCGUCAGGGCCCUGCGACAUAUUCGGGGGCCGUCAUAACGGAGGGAUCCUGCUUAGCACGAGAAAAUUCCGUAUUCUGAGGCAUUGGAUCCGAAACUUCGAAACAGACAACGAGAACGUGCGGAUUUUCGUCUUGGCCUUCGCUAGUCGCUCGAGACUGAGAGAAAGAUAUUUGUGGAACCGGGGGCUUGGGGCGAUCACUUCCAACUUACGCAUAUCCACCUGCCGCUCUCCCGCCGAAAGUGCUCAAGCUUUUAGCAAUGCUGUGCCGGGCACCACCGUCCACCACCGCAUCGCACGGCGCGCACACACGCUCCCUCGACCUCUGGGUAAUGCAGGGCAUAUCUUAGUGUCCGGCGGACCAACCGCCACGCCGCGUGGUGAAGAUGGCAGACGUCGCCAUUCCAGGUCUCAUACCUACCGAGCGCUAACACUGCGCUGUGCAUGCUCCGGCAGCCCGCAGGACGGCAUUUCGUGCGUAUUGUUAGCACUGCAUAAGUUUGGCUUCGGACUUUCGCCUGCUGACUCUCCGAUCGGUUAUACUGAGCGAGGUAAGCACAUAAGUCAGUUUGCUUCGACUAUGCCAGCUCAUUUGAUAUUGGUUUGUCACGCAGCUGCACUCGACGCCAAUCUGGGGCACUGCAGCCAGUCAGCCCCUGCUGCUGUCAAAGAAGCAACUCUUCGGGCUGCCAAACCUUCAUCCAAGUCUUUUCUCAUCUAG